AUGUCACGCUACUGCCACACUUCUUCUGCCGCACAGCAUCACGUUCAAUCGACGUCUAUGGCGACAAGCGCGACUAGUAAUUCCGAAGAUCCGAAUGGUGAGGAUCAUCCGUUCAUCUGUCCAUUUUGUCAUUCCAAUGAGUCACUGCACCAAAGAUCUGUUCUAAAUACACUGUCAGAGGAAAAAUAACCAAUCGUUUCAUUUCGUUCGAACCCUAAAAAAAAGACUAGUGAUUCUUCUUGUGAAUCUCUGAAAAACGUCAGUUACAGGCGGUCACUGUGCGUCUCCGUACCUUCGUCGUUUCCGUAUUCCCAAACUGAACACGUAUCGUCAACAUUUGGAGGAAGACGAAGACGACGAUGAGUGGUUCGAAAUGCAAAUAGCGAAGAAAGAUCUGAUUCGAUUGAGAAUGGUAAGCGGGGGGUUUACCAACUGAAACUGAACUAAUCUUCAGAACGAAAUGAAAAACAGUCGGCUGAAGGAUCGGACGAACAAUAACAAUAGCACUAGCCAUAACAACUGCAAAAGUUCAUCCACGAACCAUGCACAACAGCAGAACAGUGAACGUUCAGAUGACGUCGAGUCUCGGUACGAUUUCAUGCAAUUAAUCCUUCGGUGGACGGGGAUGUCACCCUCUCUCUCUCUCUCUCUCUCUCUCUGUCUCUCUCUCUCUCUUUCUUUCCAUUUCUCUCACUUUCAUCACAAGUUCAUAUUGCAGUAAUGGCAACAGAUGCCCGGCGGCCGAGGAGAACAGCGAAGAGAUUGGCGAGACGGAGGCGACUAUGCGAAGUCUCUGGUUCCAUCCCAAACAUCUUUUUGCUCCGUCGCCGACGAAAACGAAAACAGCUUCUGCGGCGAAUUCGUGA